CUAGGGUUUUUGAGAUGUUUUAUCAUAGCGUCCUCUAUAUAAACGCAUGCAAGUCUUCUUAAUCACCACAUCACCAACCAACAGAGAAAUUGUUAGGUUAGAUAUGUGGAACCAAAAGCCUGAUUUUAGGUUUGAGAUAGAAAACUUUUCGAAGAAAAAAGAUGCCAUAUCGUCUAAGACAUUCGUGAGCGGCGGAUGCGAAUGGUAUCUCCGAAUUUAUCCCACGGGAGAUGAUCGUCUUUCUGAUGAUCACUUGUCUUUGUUCCUUUACGCUGCAAAUCCUACAAUGUUGCCAACUGGAUGGAAAAGGAGUGUUUACUUCUACUUUGUUUUGUUGAAUCAAUCCGACAAAGAACUCCACACAACACCAGUUGCACCAUCAAGCAAACAGUUUUGCGCUAAUACUCCAUCAUGGGGUUUCCUGAAGACCUUACCUGUAAGAAAGUUUCAGGAAAAAGGGUUUUUGGAGAAGGACGUGCUCAUCAUUGAAGUCUACAUUAAAGUUGUUGAAGCUUUUGAUGGAGAAGGUGGAGAUGUAUCCGUGAACAAGAAGAUGAAGAAGACCGUUGAUAUCAACGGUUUUCAAGUUUUUGCUUCUCAGGUUACUAAAGUGGGAAAGAUAUUCACGGAGCACCCAGACAUUGCAAGAGAUUUCAAACCAACGAAACAAGAAGUGAAGACAGCAUACAUGAACGUCCUCCUCAGGGUCAUUAAAACACUUAAUAAGCCUCCAAAAAGUCUUUCAGAGACUAGACUGAGCAAGGCUAGCAGCGAGUUGAGUGAGCUGAUGGACGUAGGUUUCAAGCUGGACUGGUUGAAGUCCAAGCUUGAGGAGGUUACGUUGGAGAGGAAAAAAACAGAUGCUGAUGGGUCUCGAGCCCAACAACUCGAGGAACUUGUCAAGCAUCUUGCACUGAAGCUUGAUGAGGUUACCUUGGGGAGGAAGAUAUGGGAUGAUGACAAUGAGUAUCGUGCCCAACAAGUGGAGGAACGUGUCAAGAAUCUUGAGCUGAAGCUUGAUGAGGUUUCCAUUAAGAGGAUCUUUUCAGAUGAGGCUAAUGAGUAUCGUGCCCAAGAAGUAGAUGAACGUGUCAAGAAACUUGAGCUGAUGGAAGUGGGCUGGAAGCUCGACUCUUUGAAUAUAAAGCUUGGUGAGGUUUCCUUGGAGAGGAAGAAAACAGAUGAUAAACGUGUAAACACUCUUGCGCGGAUGGAAUUGCGUUUGAAUACAAUGCUUGGUGACUUGGAGAGAAAACAGACGUAUGAUACUAGUGUCUUUGACUCUCGAAUCGAGCAAAUGGAGAAGCAGUUGGAGAGCUUGAUUACAAAGCUUGAAGAGAUCUCCAAAGAGAAGAAGAAAGCUGAUGAUGCUGAUGGUUCUCUGGUCAAACAACUCCAGGAAAGCGUCAAGAACAUUGAGUUGAUGGUCUCGCAUCUCAGAGUUGAAGUUGACAAGAAAAAGAACAAAUCUUCUGCUGAUGAUGGGUUUCUGCUGGUCGACUAGGUUGCUUGACGUAGAGAUCAAGUUAUUAGUAUUUUAGAUUUUUCUUUAGAAAACACUACUCUCUGGUUUUUGUUUUACCUUUUUUUCAUUUGAAUGCUGCUUUCUGAAUACUUAAUCUAGAGAUUCAACUUAGUUAAUAGACUGGUUCCUGAA